AUGCCACCGAAGAGGAAUUUCAGGAAACGUAAUUUCGAGGAGGAAGAAGAAGAAGAUGAUCAAAGUAAAGCCGCAAUUUCAGAUGAAGAAGAGAACCGAAGAUUGGUGUUGGAAGAAGUGAAGUUUUUGCAGAAGCAGAGGGAGAGGAAGUUAGGGGUUCCAGUUUUGUCUACGGCGCAAAAUAGCAUAGGGAAAGUUAAAGCAGUGGAGAAAGUUGAAGCUGAAGGAGAGAAAGAGGAGCUUGUGUUGCAGGAUACUUUUGCUCAAGAAACUGCUGUUUUAAUCGAAGAUCCCAAUAUGGUAAAGUACAUUGAACAAGAAUUAGCGAAGAAAAGGGGUAAAAAUCUUGAUGAUGCAGAAGAGGUUGAGAACGAAUUGAAGCGAGUCGAGGAUGAGUUAUAUAAGAUACCUGAUCAUCUUAAAGUUAAGAAGCGUAGUUCGGAAGAGAGUUCAACACAGUGGACUACCGGAAUAGCGGAAGUCCAACUCCCGAUCGAAUACAAGCUGAAGAACAUCGAAGAAACAGAAGCUGCAAAGAAGCUUCUACAGGAGAAGAGGCUUAUGGGUCGGCCUAAAUCGGAGUUUAGCAUUCCGUCUAGUUAUAGUGCGGAUUAUUUCCAACGCGGGAAAGAUUAUGCUGAAAAGCUUAGAAGAGAACAUCCCGAGCUAUACAAAGAUAGAGGGCCUCGAGCUGAUGGUGAAGGAGCUAAACCGUCUAGUAGUAGUAAUACUAAUGCUGCUGAUUCAGGAAAAGACAGACAAGCUGCAACUGAUCAAAUCAUGUUAGAACGAUUCCGCAAGAGAGAGCGUAACCGUGUGAUGCGGAGAUAA